GAGGGAUGGGGUCACGUGAGAGGGGAGAGAAAAUGGCGGCCGGCGGGCUGUGCGCGAGGAGCAGCAGAGAGCUAUGGACCAUUUUGCUGGGCAGAUCUGCGCUGAGAGAACCAGAGCAGAUUGCAGAAGAGUUGAAUAAACACGGGCAGAGGCUUCUGGAAGGCCUUUCCUACUACCAGCCACCCAGCGCAAGUUCAGCAGAAAAAGUAAAAGGUGAUAAAAAUGUGGCUGCUCCACUGAAGGAACUGGGCCUGAGAGUCAGCAAGUUUUUGUGUUUGAAUGAAGAGCAGAGUGUGCAGCUGUUACAGUGUUACCUGCAAGAGGACUACAGAGGAACCAGGGACUCAUUAAAGACUGUCCUGCAAGAUGAAAGGCAAAGUCAAGCUCUAAUACUGAAGCUAGCCGACUACUACUAUGAGGAAAGGAUUUGUAUUCUUCGCUGUGUUCUCCAUCUUCUCACGUAUUUCCAGGAUGAGAGACACCCCUAUGUGGCCCAGUAUUCGCAGUGUGUGGAAAAGCUGGAUAAGGAACUGGUUCUUAAUUACCGGCAGCAGUUUGAAGAGCUGCAUAAAGCAGAAGCACCCACGUGGGAGACGCACGGAAGUCUAAUGACAGAGCGGCAAGUCUCUCGCUGGUUUGUGCAGUGCCUCCGUGAGCAGUCCAUGCUGCUGGAAGUCAUUUUCCUUUACUACGCCUAUUUUGAGAUGGCCCCUGAGGAACUGCUGGCUUUUGCCAAGAUGUUCAAGGAGCAGGGGUUUGGCUCCAGGCAGACCAACAGGCACCUGGUCGAUGAAAGCAUGGACCACCUAGUUGAUCGCAUUGGCUACUUCAGUGCUCUGAUUCUAGUGGAAGGCCUGGAAAUUGAUUCUCUUCAUGAGCGUGUCUUGGAUGACAGGAAAGAAGAGCAUAAGUUUGCUGGCAAUGGGCAGCUCCGUCAGGAAAUGGACAGCCUACUGCUAACCCUUGGGGACAUCUCCCAUCAUGCCCCAAUCCUCUUGGCCUGGGCUUUGCUCCGCCAUACCUUGAGCUCAGAAGAAUCGACCAAUGUGAUCAGGCGUAUGGGAAGUGCCGCCAUCCAGCUGAAUGUAUUCCAGUAUCUCACAAAGCUCCUCCGGUCUCUAAGCAGCGAGGGAAACUGUAUUGCCAGCACAGCAUGCAUGUGCAUUUACGGCCUGCUUUCCUUUGUCCUGACCUCCCUGGAGCUGCACACACUAGGCAACCAGCAGGACAUCAUAGACACUGCAUGUGAAGUCCUGGCUGCUUCGAGCAUUCCUCCGCUGGUCUGGAAGAUGGGACCAACUGCAGGUCUGGGCAUUAUUUUGGAGAGUGUCUGUGGGAUGUUCCCCCACCUUCUCUCCCCUCUUCUGCAGUUACUCACAGCUCUCAUUUCAGAUAAAUCUACAGCAAAAAAGGUAUAUACCUUCUUGGACAAGAUGUCUUUUUAUAUUGAGCUGUAUAAGCACAAGCCGCUUGACGUGAUCUCCCACGAAGAUGGCACCCUCUGGCGGAGGCAGGUGCCGAAGCUGCUCUAUCCCCUGGGGCUGGGCCAGACGAACCUGCGGAUACCUCAGGGGACCGUGGGCCAGGUGAUGCUCGACGACCGGGCUUAUUUGGUGCGAUGGGACUAUUCCUAUAGCAGCUGGACGUUAUUUACCUGUGAGAUUGAGAUGCUGCUUCACGUUGUGUCAACAGCAGAUGUAAUUCAGCACUGCCGAAAGGUUAAGCCAAUCGUUGAUCUGGUUCACAAAGUCAUCAGCACUGACGUCUCGAUCGCAGACUGCCUGCUGCCAAUCACCUCGCGGAUCUACAUGCUGUUACAAAGAUUAACCACUGUGAUUUCUCCUCCAGUUGAUGUCAUUGCUUCUUGUGUCAACUGCUUGACAGUGCUAGCUUCACGGAUGCCGGCAAAGGUUUGGACUGAUCUUCACCAUACAGGAUUUUUACCAUUUGUUGCGAAUCCAGUUUCUAGUCUGAGUCACAUGAUCAGUGCCGAGGGAAUGAACGCCGGCAGUUACGGCAGUCUGCUCAUGGGCAUUGAGCAGCCCCAAGGCGAAUACGGCGUGACCAUCUCCUUCCUAAAUCUGCUCAUGACGCUUGUCCGGGGGCAGCUGGUCAGCACGCAAAGCCAAGGCCUGGUGCCUUGCGUCGUCUUUGUCCUGAAGGAGAUGCUGCCAAACUACCACAAGUGGCGCUACAACUCCCAUGGAGUGAGAGAACGGAUCGGCUGUCUGAUUCUACAAUUGAUCCACGCCAUCCUGAAUCUGUGCCCAGAAAUGGAUCCGCAUAGCAGCAGCAAUCCCAGCCUCCAGUCCCUCUGCAUCUUCAGUCUGGCCAACACAGAAGCAGGGCAGGCCGUCAUCAACAUCAUGGGCAUUGGCGUGGACACCAUCGAUAUGGUGAUGGCCACACAGUCCAGCAGCGAUGAGUCUCAGAGCCAGGGCCAGCUGCUUAUCCAGACGGUGAAGCUGGCAUUCUCGGUCACCAACAACGUCAUCCGCUUGAAAUCCCCCUCCAACGUGGUGUCUCCUCUGGAGCACGCCCUCACCCAGCACGGUGCCCACAGGAACAAUCUGAUUGCCGUCUUGGCCAAGUACAUCUACCACAAGCACGACCCGGCCUUGCCACGCCUGGCCAUCCAGCUCCUGAAGCGACUGGCCACAGUUGCCCCGAUGUCCGUCUACGCCUGCCUUGGCAGUGACGCUGCCGCCAUCCGCGAUGCCUUCCUGACCCGCCUGCAGAGCAAGGUCGAGGACAUGCGCAUUAAGGUCAUGAUCCUCGAGUUCCUCACCGUCGCCGUGGAGACGCAGCCUGGGCUCAUCGAGCUGUUUCUCAACCUGGAAGUGAAGGAUGGCAGCGAUGGCUCCAAGGAAUUCAGCCUAGGAGAAUGGAGUUGCCUUCAUGUGGUCUUGGAGCUGAUCGAUUCCAAGAAGCCGGAGCAGUACUGGUGCCCUCCCCUCCUGCACCGAGCCGCCAUUGCGUUCCUCCACGCCCUCUGGCAGGACCGCCGAGACAGCGCCAUGUUAGUCCUGCGGACCAAACCAAAGUUUUGGGGGAACUUAACCAGCCCACUCUUUGGAACCCUCCCUCCCCCCUCUGAGACAUCCGAGCUCAGUAUCUUGGACACAUGUGCCUUGAUCAUGAAAAUAAUCUGCCUGGAGAUCUACUAUGUGGUCAAGGGUUCUCUGGACCAGUCGCUGAAAGACACGCUGAAGAAGUUCUCCACGGAGAAGCGGUUUGCGUACUGGUCGGGCUACGUGAAGUCGCUGGCAUCCCAUGUGGCCGAGAUGGCGGGCAGCAGCUGUGCCUCCAUGGCCGAAUACCAGAUGCUGAUCUCUGCCUGGCGGAUGAUGCUGAUCGUUUCCACCAGCCAUGCUGACAUCAUGCACUUGACUGACUCGGACGUCCGACUGCUUUUCCUGGAAGUGUUGAGUGGGACCAAGGCUUUGCUGGUGGUCCCCACCUCGGUGUGCUGCCUGCAGCUGGGCUCCAUGCUGUGCACCCUCCUGCUCAUCCUGCUGAGGCAGUGGAAGAGCGAGUUGGGCUCUGUGGAUAAAAUCAUAAUAUCCUUGACGCAGAUCCUGGAUGGGGUGCUGCAGGCCGACCAGCAGGUAAUGGAGAAGACCAAAGCCAAGGUGUUCUCUGCUCUCAUCACCGUCCUGCAGAUGAAGGAGCUGAAAGGGAGCGAGAUUCCUCAGUAUCCCCAGCUGGUGUUGAGUGUGUGUGAGACACUCCAGGAGGAAGUCGUUGGGCUCUUCGACCAGACCCGGCACUGCCUGACUUCUGGGGACUGUGCGGACGACAAGGACAGCAUGGAGACGGACGACUCCUCCCGGCAUAAGCAGAAGGACCAGCGCGAUGGGGUGUGUGUGCUGGGGCUUCACCUGGCUAAGGAGCUCUGCGAAGUGGAUGAAGACGGUGACUGUUGGCUGCAGGUCACCAGGAAGGUCCCGAUCCUCCUGACUCUCUUCACCACCCUGGAGAUCAGCUUGCGGGUGAAGCAAAACCUCCACUUCACAGAGGCCUCGUUGCAUCUGCUGCUGACUUUGGCCAGGACGCAGCAGGGAGCAGCAGCCGUGGCUGGGGCAGGCAUCAUGCAAAGCAUCUGUUUGCCCCUCCUGAGUGUGUACCAGCUGAGCAGCAAUGGGGCUGGCCAGAUGCCAGCUUCAUCCCGGAAAUCUCUGGACGCGCCUUCCUGGCCCGGCGUCUACCGUCUCUCCAUUUCGCUGAUGGAGCGCCUUCUGAAGACCCUGCGGUACAACUUCCUGACAGACGCCCUGGACUUCGUAGGGGUCCAUCAGGAACGGAUCCUCCAGUGCCUGAAUGCCGUCCGGACCGUGCAAAGCCUGGCUUGCCUCGAAGAAGCGGACCACACUGUCGGAUUCAUCCUCCAGCUUUCCAACUUCAUGAAGGAGUGGCACUUCCAUCUCCCCCAGCUCCUGAGGGAUGUGCAGGUGAACCUGUGUUACCUGUGUCAGGCCUGCACCUCCCUCCUCCACAGCCGCAAAAUGCUUCAGCACUAUUUACAGACCAAGAAUGGAGAGACCCUCCCGUCCGCCGCCUUGCCUCGGGUCCAGCGUGCUCCUCAAGCCUCUGCCAAACCCCCCAGCUCGGAGACGGAGGCUGCCGAGCAGACGGCUCUCCGCACGGUGCAGUACAGCCUGCUGAAGAUCCUCAGCAAAUCUCUGGCGGCCCUGCGCCAUUUCACCCCAGACAUCUGUCAGAUCCUCCUCGAUCAGUCCCUGGACCUUGCCGAGUACAACAUCCUUUUUGUGUUGAGCUUCAGCACGCCGGCCUUCGAUGCAGACGUCGCUCCCUCCUUUGGGACCCUCCUGGCCACCAUCAAUGUGGCUCUCAACAUGCUAGGGGAGCUGGAUAAGAAGAAGGAGCCCUUCACACUUGCUGCAGGACUGACGACCCAGCAGGAGGGAAAUAAAACACUCAAGUCUCUGCUCAUGUUUACAAUGGAGAACUGCUUCUACCUGCUCAUCUCUCAGGCCGUCCGGUAUCUGAAGGACCCGGCUGUGCACCCCCGGGACAAGCAGCGCAUGAAGCAGGAGCUCAGCUCGGAGCUAAGCACUCAACUCUCCAGCCUGUCCCGCUAUUUCCGCCGCGGCGGCCCCUCGUCUCCGGCCAGCGGCGUCCUCCCUUCUCCCCAGGGGAAGCCCUCGUCCAAGCUGGGGCCCGAGGGGCAGGAGCCCCUCUUCCAGCUGGUGCAGGCCUUUGUCCGGCACUUGCAGCGAUAGAGCGGACUCACACGCCACUGUUCACGCACAGCAGGACGACGCUUGGAUGCACUUGCCAGAAGGGCCCGGUCGAAGGAGGGGGAGCGGUCCCAAAAAGCAAUGCCUCGUUCAGGCAAAGCCAGCUUUGGGGGCGAGACUUAAGUCUGGCUUGGCCUCCAUAUUGGUGAACUUAAGCCUUAGGAGGUGGUGUUUUUUUUUUUUUUUUUUUAAUAGCUCAUGUGUUGGCUUGAAGGGCCACCUCCCCGCCACCCCUGCUAUUGGGCAUUAGCUAAGUUUUCUGGCGGAGCACAACCAAAAGGAUCAAACUGGAGUGAGACCACUUUUCCACCGCCCCUCCAGUCCGAGAAGUGGGCUGCUGCUCAGGUUGACAGAGUACCGGUCAGACACUUCGGGAGAGCAAGGUGGUCUCUCUCUCCCCUCCCUCCCAUGCAUCCUGCAAGAACCGUUUCAAAGCCAGAAUUCCAUUGCUUUGGUCUCUUUUUGUACGACUUGUUCUGUAUUUAUAUUGAUUAAAGACGUUUCUAAGCAAUGCUGGGAAUCCAACUUCUGGAGCACAA